AUGUCUCGGCAGUCUGUCUGCAGAAGCUUUGGAGGCGGGAGUAGAAAGGGCUACAGCUCGUGCUCUGCCAUCGGUGGUGGCUUUGGAGGAGGUGGCGGCAGAAGCAAGAUCAGUUACAGUUCAUACUCCUCCUCCAGGGGAGGUGGAGGAGGUGGACAAUGUGGAGGGUAUAGCAGCAGAAGCCUCCAUAACAUGGGCGGCAGCAGAAGAAUCACUGUGGGUGGAUGCUAUGGUGGCGGAGGCUACGGAGGCAGAAUGGGUGGCUUUGGUGGAAGCUACGGAGGAGGAAUGGGUGGCUUUGGCGGAGGAAUGAGUUGUGGAGGAAUGGGUGGCUUUGGCGGAGGAAUGGGUGGCUUUGGUGGUGGAAUGGGUGGUGGUGGAAUGGGUGGUGGUGGAAUGGGUGGUGGAGGAAUGGGUGGCUUUGGUGGAGGAAUGGGUGGUGGAGGGAUGGGUGGCUUUGGUGGAGGAAUGGGCAGUGGAGGAAUGGGUGGCUUUGGUGGCCCUGGCUUCUCUGGAGGCAUCCAACCGGUGCAAGUUGACCCCAGUCUCCUGCGGCCGGUCCAUGUUGAGAUUGACCCCCAGAUCCAGCAAGUGAAAAACCAGGAAAAGGAGCAGAUCAAGACUCUGAACAAUCAGUUUGCCUCCUUCAUUGACAAGGUCCGCUUCCUGGAACAAGAAAACAAGGUCCUCUCCACCAAGUGGGAGCUGCUCCAGCAACAAGGGCCUGCGGGGCCAAGGAAGAACCUGGAUGCCAUCUUUGAAAAUUACAUCCAGAACCUGAGGAGGAGGCUUGACUCUCUUUUGGGGCAGAGGGGACAGCUGGAGUCGGAACUGCAGAACAUGCGGCAAUACGUGGAGGAGUACAAAACCAAAUAUGAAGAGGAAAUCAACAAGCGCACCGCUGCUGAGAACGAGUUUGUGGUACUCAAGAAGGAUGUGGACUGUGCCUACAUGACCAAAGUAGAGUUGGAAGCCAAGGUUGGAGCUCUGACUGAUGAAAUCAACUUCCUGAGGUGCAUCUACGAGGAGGAACUGUCUCAGAUGCAGACGAUCAGCCGGGACCUGUCUGUGGUGGUGUCCAUGGACAACAACCGGCACCUGGAUCUGGACAGCAUCAUUGAGGAGGUCAGGCGCCAGUACGAGCAGAUUGCGCAGAAUUGAUGGCUCCUGCCUAUUUCCCGUGGAGUUUGUGCCCUGAGGGCUGCUCCAGUGGAGGGUGUGCAGAAGGGAAAUGACGAACUUGACCAGAUGAGAUCUGAGAAAGCCCCCCUUUUUCUUCCUCAGAACCAGCAGCUGCAGUCAGCUAUUGCCGAGGCUGAAGAGCGGGGUGAGAUGGCCCUCAAGGAUGCCAGGGUAAAACUGGAAGAGCUGGAAAGUGCCCUGAGCAAAGACAAGGAGGAGCUGGCUCGCUUGCUGAAGGAGUACCAGGAGCUGCUGAACAUCAAGAUUGCGCUGGAUGUGGAGAUUGCCAUGUACAGGAAGCUGCUGGAGGGAGAGGAGAACAGGCUGUGCAAUGAUGGCAUGUCCAACGUCAAUGUCUCUGUGGUAGGCAGGACCACCGUGUCUGGAGGCAGAGGAGGAAUGGGAGGAGGCUUCGGAGGCGGCAGCGGCAUGGGAGGAGGCUUCGGAGGCGGCAGUGGAAUGGGAGGAGGCUUUGGAGGCGGCAGCGGCAUGGGCGGAGGAAUGGGAGGAGGCGUCUGUGGAGUAGGAGGCAGCAUUGGAGGUGGAAGCAUGGGCGGCAGCUGUGGAAUGGGAGGAGGAAUGGUGGUGUGGUAA